GUCACAAUGUUUAUGAAGUGAGAGCACGUGGAUUUUAGCAGCUGGAGGAAAGGCCGAAGUCUCUGUGUGGGGAAAAUUCUCUCACAUUCUCAUUGGAGAUAAAAGUCCCUUGGUAGAUUUGACCUUUCAAAAUGGGUGGAGGGCCAAAGAGAAGAAAGAAGAGUUCUCCCGGCUUGAAGAGGCUCUUGAAGACAAAGAGGAAGACGAAAGAUCUGGAUCAGAUUGAUGAUGACCUCAAAGAAGAAAAUAUUCAUAAAUUACUACACCAAGAGGUUGACCCAGACUUGCCAGGAGAUGCUCAGCAUUACUGCGUUCAUUGCGCGCGUUACUUUAUAAACCGGGAAGCACUGAAAACCCAUUUCAAAAGUAAACCUCACAAGAAGCGCCUGAAGUCACUAGAGUUAGAACCUUAUACCAUAGAGGAAUCAGAAAGAGCAGGUGGCUUGGGGUCUUACAUCCCUCCAAAGAAACGGAAGAUUGAAACGCAACCUAUGGAUGAUGAGACUUUCGACCCUACUAAGGAAGAUGUUGAUAUGAAGUAAUGGUUUGAUUCUAAUACAUCAUGUUUAUUUUUUUUCAAGAAGUAGGUAGUACAUUCUAGAAUAUCAUAUUCAUGUUUCUUGAUAUAUCAUAUUUGUUACUGGAUAAAUUAAAUAAAACAGAAAUAUUUAUAGGCUGUGAAGGAAAUAUUUUCUGGGAUAUUUUAUUCCAAAUGUAACACAAGCAAAAUCAUAUAUGAGAAUUUAAUUUGUGGCGUAAAUGUGAGUAACAUUUACUCAUUUCAUUUUCUUGUAGUUCAAGAUUUAUUGUUCUCUAUUCUUUUUUUCAAAAUAAAUUAAUAUUUA